AUUGCCAUGCAGAUAAAUACCUGGUGGCAAAACGUGUGCAGUGUGUGUCAACCUCUGCCUGCGGGCACUUCUGCUCCCCCAGCACAGCUCUCUGACUGGGAACGUUCUGCCUUAUUGUGAAGGUUUCCUGCCUGCUGUGAACGAGAGCAUUAGGAGCUGCAUGUUAUCUAACCAUUCCUUUCCUCUUGCUGAUAAACCAGCUGGGUAUGCACGAGGCUGCAAUCUAGUGAACAUCCUAUACAUUGUGUUGGUGUCGCAGCUUUGAUGUCACUUCUGUCCUUUUUUUUUUUUUUUUUUAAUGCUUUCCUGUUAGAUCUGGAGUAAGAAGGAAACAGGGCUCUUCCUGCCUUGCUUAUGGGAUGGACCAAGUGCCUGCCUGCAGGGAUUCUUGCUGUUGGUGGGUGCUGGUGGUGAGGGCUGCGGGGCCAUCGCUGGGAGCUCCCGGUGAGCCAGGGCCUAAGCGAGAGCUUUUUCAUGGUGAAAGGAGCAGCCCUCUUCUUGCAACAAGGAAACAGCUCCCAGGGCCAGCGAAGUCUCCAGCAUCCUCACAAACAUGCAGGUGAUUUGCCCCAGCACCUCCAGGUGAUGAUCAACCUCCUUCGCUGUGAGGAUAGAAUCAAACUGGCUGUCCGUUUGGAAAGCGUAUGGACGGACAGAGUGCGGUACAUGGUGGUUGUGUACAGCAACGGGAGGCAGGACACGGAGGAGAAUAUUUUGCUGGGUGUGGAUUUUUCCAGCAAGGAGAGUAAAAGCUGCACUAUAGGAAUGGUUCUUCGUCUGUGGAGUGAUACUAAGAUCCAUCUUGAUGGCGAUGGUGGCUUCAGUGUGAGCACUGCUGGGAGAAUGCACAUCUUCAAGCCAGUGUCGGUGCAAGCCAUGUGGUCUGCUCUACAAAUCCUCCAUAAAGCCUGUGAGGUUGCCAGAAGGUACAACUACUUCCCAGGUGGGAUGGCCUUGGUCUGGGCCACGUACUAUGAAAGCUGCAUCAGCUCUGACCAGAGCUGCAUCAAUGAGUGGAAUGCCAUGCAGGACCUGGAGUCCACCCGCCCCGACUCUCCAGCUCUGUUUGUUGACAAGCCAACUGAAAGGGAACGGACAGAACGCCUGAUUAAAGCCAAGCUCCGGAGCAUCAUGAUGAGCAAAGACCUGGAAAAUGUGACUUCCAAGGAGAUCCGGAAUGAGCUGGAAAAACACAUGAAUUGCAACUUGAAAGAAUUCAAGGAAUUCAUAGACAAUGAAAUGCUGCUUAUCCUGGGUCAGAUGGACAAACCCUCUCUGAUUUUUGAUCACUUGUAUCUGGGGUCGGAGUGGAAUGCCUCUAACCUGGAGGAGCUGCAGGGCUCAGGCAUCGACUACAUUUUGAACGUGACCAGGGAAAUUGAUAACUUUUUCCCUGGCUUGUUUGCUUAUCACAACAUCCGGGUGUAUGAUGAGGAGACGACUGACCUCCUGGCUCACUGGAACGAGGCGUAUCAUUUCAUAAACAAGGCCAAGAAGAAUCACUCCAAGUGCCUGGUGCACUGCAAAAUGGGCGUGAGCCGGUCUGCGUCCACUGUGAUAGCUUAUGCAAUGAAAGAGUUUGGCUGGUCACUGGAAAAGGCCUAUAAUUACGUGAAGCAGAAACGCAGCAUUGCAAGGCCAAAUGCAGGCUUCAUGAGACAGCUUCUGGAGUAUGAAGGCAUUUUAGAUGCAAGCAAGCAACGCCACAACAAGCUGUGGAAGCAGCAGGCAGAGAGCAACCUCCCCCAGAGCACAGAUGGCACCGCAGGGUCAGCUGACUUCUUACUUGAGAGCUUGGACAUCGACCUUGAAAACCGGCUGGCUGACCUGGACACCCCAUCGCAGUCAGCGUACCUGGACAACCGAGCAGGCACCGAGCUGCCCGUGGGCUUCAAUUACUGCUUCCGCCGCCUCUCGGACACGCUGCUGGAGAACAAGGUGCCUGGGGACAGGGGGAGCUUUUGCCACGUGGAGCAGCUGGAACGGGAUGCGCUCACAGAGCGUGCGGCCUCGCUGGCGAGGCAGCCUCCAGCUGUGCCUCCGGAGAUGGCCAAAGGCCUGGAGCCAGCAGAGCCUCUGGCAGAGCUGAGCAGCUUCUGUGACAAGGAGGUGAAGAAGAAACGAGAGUUCAGCCCUCGGAAGGCGAGGAUGGUGCUGGGCGCCGUGGAAGCAGGGGAGGAUGGUAUCAGGGAGGAAAACCCGGUGGAGAAGUGGAAGCGGCGGUUGUCCAUGCACAAGGAGGAGAGCAGGCUUAAUAGGGAGAACUUGAAUAACAACAACAGCAAAAGGAGUUGCCCAGAGGAUUUUGAGCAUGAUGCUGUGUUUGGGAUCCUCAGUAAAGUCAAGCCUUCCUACCAGUCCUGUGCUGACUGCAUGUACUCCUCGGGCAGCCUGGCUCCGGACUCUUUUGGGGAACAGUGUGAGAAGCUGAACUCCAGCUCUGCACACCGCAGCUCCACCAUCUGCACACAGCCAGCCCUCCUCUCCCACCUCCCCCCAUUGGGGGAGCACCUUCUCAGCAGGGCACGCAUGGAGGAGGGAAUUGGGACUAGAAAUACUGAGGCACUGCUUCCUCUGUCGGCAGGAGGCGGUGCUUUGGAAGCCGGUGCUUGCAAAUCAAUGGUUGCUCACCAGUGUGGCUUUUCAGAAAAAGGAAAAGAUACACCAGAAAUCCCUGUCAGAACACUGCAGCCCAGGAGAAACUCGCACUGUGACAAGAGCCUGCUUAGCACAGAAGUGGUGAAAGAAGAGUCUCUGACCAGAAAAGAUAGCAAACCUACCAAGGAUCCAAAGUACUUGUUCAGUAAAGACUUGGAAAAGCCAAGUGCUAACAGUUACUUGAUGCAGCAUCAGGAGUCCCUUAUUCAGUUGCAGAAGGCAGGCUUGGUCAGGAAGCACACCAAAGAGCUGGAGCGGCUGAGGAGCCUGCCCUCAGACACCUCAGUGCUGCUCCGAGAGAGCGCCCUGGGCAGGACGGAGCCCAGCAUCGCAGAGGAAGGCGAGGAGCUGGUUCCGCAUCCCGGCCUCGUGCCCCUCCUGAGGCCUUCACCACCUGAACCCGGAGAUGCUGAAAGCGACCUGGAGAAGCUGGAGGUCAAACGCGUGCUGGAUGGGGGGACCUCUCAGAAAGCCUCCAUCCCCAUGCUGUGCAGGCUGGAACACACCAGCAGCUUCACCAAGGACUUCCUGAAGACCAUCUGCUACACCCCCUCGUCCUCCCGCAGCUCCAAUCUGACGCGCAGCUCCAGCAGUGACAGCAUCCACAGUGUGCGUGGCAAGCCAGGCCUGGUGAAGCAGCGGACUCAGGAGAUCGAGACCCGGCUGCGGCUGGCCGGCUUGACUGUCUCUUCCCCUCUGAAGAGGUCCAACUCUCUUGCCAAGCUGGGGUGUCUUAACCUGUCUUCCGAGGACCUGUCCAGCGACGUGGACGUGUCGACCAUCACGGGCUCCAGGGAGGCCGUUUCCAGCGAGUCUUCCGGGCUCUGUGAGCCACCCUCUGCCCCAAGGGGCGCAGAUGUUGGCUCCAAGAUGUCAGCCAAGCCGGCACUUGGGAACAUGAAGACUCCGCUUUGGCUUGGCAAAAGUUGAUGCCUUCUGUGCGGGGAGCGGGGGGCUGGAUAUUUGUUGUUGGUUUUUUUUCUUUGUUAUUUUUCUAAGGCAUUUAUUCACUGCACCAAUCAUCUGACUUGCACCCAUCAUCUGAUGCCACCUCUUCUUCCCUUCCUUGUACUCUUAAGUGGGGAGAAAAAAGUAAUUGGGUCAUGGAUGGCACGAGGGAAAAAUAAAAUGUUUUGCAUGGC